CAGUUGUGUUCAGCUGAAGAUUUCACUCAUUGAGUUGUGAGCACCAAACUGUAAAGCUUGAGGUGAAAGUCUACAGGCUAAGCAACAGCACCUGAAACUUCAGAUAAACUCCAUUCCUCCGCCUGCUUUCUCUCCUUUCGAUCACCAGUUCUUCAACAGGUCUUGCAGAACAUCUGAACAGAUCAGCACCCCCAUGAUGAUGACUACCCGCAGAUUUUUGUCUCUGUUUGUAGCAACACUGCUAUUGUUGCCCAUGAGCACAGUGUGUAAUACUUUGUUUCAAACAAACUUCGAAAGAAGAGCCGGAGAAGAAUUCCGAAAUCAGGAAAGUCUUUUGGCAGAGUUAUUAAACUAUAAUAUUGACCGUUUUCUCCAGAACGACAGUUAUAUAGACGAUCAGAUAGAUGAAAGUGACCGUUUCCUGAAACCUAAGGUGUCACCUUUAGAGCUGUUAAUAAGGGAUCUGGCCAAGGCCAAAGAAAAGUAUGAGCAGGCUGGUUUUCUCAAGGACAACGAAAACGAAGCAAAUGUUGGAUAUCAAUCUGAAGAGUUGGUCAAAUCCGAACAAAUUUCUAAACAUUCUCAACAAAAACAGAAUACUUCUUUUAUGAAAGAUGAAAAUCAUGAAGAACGGGAUAAAAAAUCGAGACAAGCAACAAGCGGCAAAGUAAACUUCUUUAUAUCAGAUGAAACACCUCAAGAACAGAAGGAAAACUCGAGAAUAGCAGUUAAAGAUUACGUCAAACUGAAGCGUGGAGAUCGGCCAUCUUUGUCGAUCGUCAGCCCACUUGACGUCUUACGCCAGAGAUUGAUAUUAGAAAUGGCUCAAAGGAAAAUGAAACAGAGUCAACAUCAGAUCAUAGCUAACGCCGAAUUACUAGAAAACCUUGGUAAAAGAAAUCUCUAUCUGUCUAAAACUGGCCAAGCACUUACACUGAGAAACAGAAGCGUUCAUUAAAUACUUGAAUAGAUGGAGACUGAAUGACAAGAAGCUAUCGUUUUGACGUCGUUUCAAAUGAGUAAAAACGUUACACCUUAUCCAUCAGUCUUAUGAGAUUAUGUUUUCAAACACUAAAUCCAUGUUUAGAGGAAGUCUUGGUUUUUUGUCUCCAGUUUUUUGUUUUGAAAUUCAUGCCUUCGGCUGUUGUUGUUAACUUUAAAAUUUCUGUAAAACGCACAACAAAUCUACUUUUCUGACUGGCGCAUGUUUUUCUCUUGCUCAGCGAUACACACAAACAUUUAUGGUUGUUUUUGAUCCUCUAAUAGUUAGGUUGCACGUGCACGGUUGGUAGGAAACUCAUUUAUCACGAUCCUUUGUGUAGUUGUUACAGGAGAAGAACAAUCGGCCGGAGAAAUGAGAAAUAAAAAUCUUACGAUAUAAUUAUUAGCGAUAAAAAUAUCAAAAUGAUUAAUUGCGAGUUCGUAUUGAUAUCUUUUUCAAGUAAAAUAUGUUUUACAAAUCAGUUUUAAAAGCUGUCAAGAAUAGCUUCAUGCAACCGUAACAGAAUGGACCCUCAAUUUUUACAGUUUACUUAAACUUUAGAUUAGUAUCAUAGAUAGGUGUUAUGUCACGUCUUGGCAUUUAACGACCAAUAUUGAUGUCAUUAUGGCGUCACAUUCCUAUUUAAAUAAUCGUACUGCUUGGUAAUAUCCUUUAUGGUUACCGUUAUUAAUUAAAGUUUUAAAAUCGGCCUUUAGAUCUGUUAUCAGUGACCUUAUGUAUACAUUCUACAAUAAACACUGGCAUUUCUUUUGCAAAAGCCAUCAGUAUUAUCAAACUUUCUUGAGUGUGGAAAUAAAAUAUAAAAGUCUAAUGAUUUUCAAACAUCUUUUAUUUUUCAUUAUAAUGAAAAGUAAAAUAGAUAUUUAUUCAUGACAUCAAUGUUUUCGAACAUAAGAGUUAGAUGCUCAAUUAAAUGACAAUCUGUAAGGAUAAAACUAGAAUAAUUCUCGCAAUCGUGUUGUCUAUAUGCACACUAACCAUGCUACUGAACCUCUUACGAUGCAUUUUCGUAUAUUAAUGACAAUAUAACUAAACAGUUAGAAAAUAAUGACAUGACUAAAUAAUAUAUCUCAAAUUUAAAAUGAUCAACAAUCAGCUGCUUAAGUAUGAAAUAAGCCUUUGUUUUUAUUAAGCUGAAACCUAUGUAUAAAAUAAUGCUUACAAUGUUUAACAAUAAGCUAUAUUGUAGACCUCAUUAUUUCUAUAGCGAAUUUUUCUAUAUUUCAGAAGAAUGUCCAGAAAUAAAGGCCUAAAUUAAUUAUUCUUAAAAGUAAAAUGUAGUAUUCACUGUAAUAUCUUCACGUCUUUACUGCUAUAGAAUACUUGUAUCCGGCUUUGUUUUUUACCGCAAAGGGUAGAUGUGGCUAAUAUUUUGGUGUGUAAAUAAAAAUAUCCAAUCAUCUUCUUUGUUAAAAUUUUCAUAAAAGUUUCGUGAGCAUAUAAAUAUAUAUUAAUAUUAUAUCUUACGUCGUAUCUAUGUUGUAGCAACCAAUAAUAAAAG